AUGGAAGUUUUUAAUGAACCUACAGGAUUGCCACCCAAUAGGUCUCAUGAUCACAAGAUUGAACUUUCAGAUUCUGCUACUAAGUCUUUUAAUGACCUGAAAGUUGCUGUCACUAGCCUUCCUAUUCUUGCCCUACUUGAUUUUACCAAAGCAUUUGUCAUUGAUGUGAUGCUUGUGCAACUGAUUGGCAUUGUUGCUCAGCAAAGAUGGCUUUAUAAACUCCUUGGCUAUGAGUUUACUAUUGAGUAUAAGAAGGGUGUGGAGAACAAGGUGGUUGAUGAACUUGGAGAGUUGGCAGCUUUAUCAUUUCCUACACCAACUUGGCUCUUAGAAUUAAAAGCAGCUUAUGAUACAUAUCAGGAUGUUCCUGCUGCUGGUCAUUCUGGUUUUCACAAAUGUUUGCACAGAGCUAGGGUGGAUUUUUAUUGGCCUAGUCUCAAGCAUGAUGUCAAGAAGUUUAUUCGUGAAUGUGAAACCUGCCAAAGGAAUAAAGUCCAAAAUGUCCUUCUAGCUGGUUUUUUACAACCCUUACCUGUUCCUGAGCAAAUAUGGACUGACCUCUCGAUGGAUUUUGUUGAGGCUGCUCAAGUGGCUUCACUGUUCCUCAACAAUGUUUUUAAAUUGCAUGGUUUACCUAAAACCAUUGUUUCUGAUGGUGGCUCAACAUUUACCAGUUCAUUUUGGAAAGAACUUUUCAGUGAUAAACCAAAGCUAUGGGUGGAUUGGCUUUCAUUGGUUGAAUGGUGGUAUAAUUCCACAUUUCAUACUUCCACAAAGAUGACUCCCUUUGAAGCUGUUUAUGGGACCCCUCGAAUUAGGCUUCAAGCCUACAUUCCUGGUUUAACUUCAAAUCAGUCAGUGGAUCAAUUAUUGCAGACUCGAGAGCAAAUUCUAGUUACACUUAAGUCCAAUUUAUCUCUUGCUCAAGAGAGAAUGAAGUAUUAUUAUGACAAGCGCAGGACUGACAGAGAGUUCCCAGUGGGGGAUUGGAAAAAGAUUGGAGACCAGUUCACACCUUUCUCUUCUUUACCCCCAUUUGAUUUGCAAGGAGAGUUAAGGCCUCAGCUUGAGAAAAUUUUGGAGCAUAAAAGCAUUAAGAAGGACAACAGAACUAUAGUAGAAGUCUUGAUCCAAUGGAAAGGUGCUGGAGUGGAAGAUUCUACUUGGGAACAUUAUUGGAAGCUUCAACAACAAUUUUCCCAGCAAGGUGCUUUAAAAGGGAAGGGUGUGUUAUGUGUUGAAAAGAUUCUGGAGUGGAAGGGUUUGAGCUUGCAAAAGGAAUAUGGCAGUGGGCAAGGUGCUAGUUGA